AUGACGCUUAAAAAAUAUGAGACUUACAAAUAUUUAACAGAGAAAAUUUACACUAAAUGUCUGCAAAUACAAACAGAAAAUGAACGCAGCAUUAUGAGAGUAAAUGAAAUAAAAAAGUUACUACGCCGACGAGCAUACGAGGUGAUGUUAUUGAAACGUAAACUGGACAAACAUGGUGAUAAUUGGCGUUCGAUGCCAAUCGUGGUACCAAAACCGAAGGGAAAGCCUGAGCAAAAACGCCGAGGACCAAAACCUAAAAGUAAAUCGUCAGCAUCUAAUGCAGCAGCCGAGGUCCAAGAUCCUGCAUUUCGCAAGCCCAGAAAACAGCGUAUGAAACCCCAAUCAAAUAGUCAAGUACAGGCAAAAUAA